UUUUUUCAGAUCCCAGGAGUCUACAUAGCAUGGAAACUGCACAUCCCCUUGUCGACUUAGAGCAACGAUAAACAUCUGCGCAGUGUCUUCCCUUCUGAUAAAAAAUGACCAGAAAAUCUUGCUUCCCUACUGAAAACAACAGUUUUUCCCGACGUCAUUCUAAUAUGAAGCAAAUCUCUCAAUGAGCCAAUGAUCUCAAGAAUAACAGGUGGCAGGUUAGUCAACUAGAAACAUGGAUAAAGAGUACUAUACAUCUUAUGCUACAGUCUCGAAGCAAAACAAAUCCAACACUAGUACGCUCAAGAAACAAGACAGGAAAGUUCAACAAGAGGACGCCACGUGUUGCAAAUGUUUGAGUGCCAAAACGAGGACCAAUGCAAGAGCAUUCUUUGCUGGUUUAGCAACGAAUUUGGGUAUAUGUGUGUUACUUUUCGGUUAUACUUUAAUAGGUUCUAUAAUUUUUCUUACAAUCGAAGGUGGUUCUGUGUACCAAUAUCAGCAGAUCCUAGCUACCACUGCCAAUACAGAUCGAAGAUCGGCCAAUCAAAGUACAACUUCGAGUUUGACAGCCAGAAACGAUAGAGCUAGAGCCAAGACUGUUGAAAACAUUUGGGAGAUCACCUAUAGCCUCAAUAUCCUUUACAGAGAUAACUGGACCAGAUUAGCUGCGAUGGAGAUCACAAGGUUUCAAGACGAGCUCAUCAAAAAUAUGGAAGAAGAAACGGCUAAGAGUCAAUCGGUUAGUAGCAGAGGGGGAAAUGAAACCACAGAAGAAUUCAUGGAGUGGACUUUCGCCAAAGCUUUCCUGUAUUCCCUGACAGUCUUGACAACUAUAGGUUAUGGAAGUAUAGCUCCGAAAACAAACCUAGGGAAAAUCGUUACCAUGAUAUAUGCCCUCUUCGGAAUCCCUCUCACUCUUUUGUACCUCUCCAGUAUCGGCUCCAUCCUCAGCAGAGUCGCCAGAGGUGUAUUUUCCAGAGCCCUCUGCUGCUGCUUGUGCUCCAACUGUGGCUAUUGCUGCUACGACGAGAAGAAGAUGCUGGAAAAGGAAAGGAGAAAAAAGCGGAAGAGACAACAGAUGGAGAUGCAGCAGCAGCUAGGUUUACAAGAACCUUUCUACGUUAGAUCCAACACUUAUGCUAACAGUAUCCACUCCCCCAACAAAGAAGGAAUGUUCAAAGAGUUAGACAGUUUGAGCGCCACCGAUAACGAAUCUAAAAUCUCCAUCCACGGUUGCAGUAUAUUGGCGCCGGUCCUCCUAUGUUUAUGCAUGAUGUUCAUAUACAUCUGUAUAGGAACUUUUGUUCUCUUCAGGUUGGAGAACUGGUCCCUACUAGACGGCUUCUAUUUCUGCUUCAUGAGUCUCACAACCAUCGGUUUCGGAAACAUGAUACCAGGCAACGAUCGGAUGUUCAGAAGCAACUCCAACGCCACCAUCUGGUUUUGCUCAAUCUACAUUGUGAGUGGAAUGGCCCUGACUGCCAUGUGUUUCAACGUAGUUCACGACGAGAUAGUGCAUAGGCUGCGGCACCACCAGGAAAAGAUGCUGCCUAAGCUCAGCUCCAACAGCUUCUCUGACGACGUCAACGUAUCUGACCCUUACAAUAUAACCUCAUGACAGUUCAAUGUGAAAAAUAGCAACUUUUACCAUAGGAAUCUGACAGAGGAGACGCUGGUUAGUACGGGUACUCCCACGUCUGCCGAUAUGGGUUUGGAGGGAGUAACCUCUACAAAAAUACCAGAAGUGUUGGAAGGGGUAGUAUUAACCGGAGUCUACACCCUUCCUGAGGAGCCGGAAAAUGAAGAAAACUCUGAGAUGUAAUGCUGUACUUAACUUGAAACAGUCUCCUCUAUCUUUUUUCAUCAAAUUCGACUGGAAGUUUUAACUUUAGAACUGGCUAUAUCUUUCAUCUCAUUUAAGUCACUGUUUAACCCUGAAGUGAAUCGUUGUACCUGUAGAUGAAGGACAAACUACUAUUAUGAGAUCACCAUACAUCAAAAUCAACAUUAAUUGAAUAAACAGAAAAAAAGGAAGGGCUUUACGUUAAAUCAAUUUUUAGAUCUAUGCUUAUUUGAAUUAUAUGUUGAUGAAUGAAAAUCUUAAAUUUGAAGAUCUCAAGGUUUGUGACUUAAACUAAUAAUGGUUGAAAAAGAAAGUGGCUGAAACAAAUUCAUGCAAAAGGUUAUAGAAAAAACUAACACACUAACUACACAAAAUAGAAUUCAUUUAGUACCUGCCAAUUUGAAUGAACCAUAUCUGUUAUGAAAUUAUCAAUUCUGGCAGGAAUUUAGGACAAAUUUCAGUGGUAUCUAGAAGCCAGAAAUCUAACCAAAUAUACCAAAUAAAUGUGAACUGCAAAGAGCGCUUCGAUAAAUGUGGAGAAAAUUGAGUUGAGAACCUCAGAAGAUCUUUUUGGAGAAUUGAAGUUGGUACAUAUUUAUAAUGAGCAGAAAACUAGCAGAUCCGUGUUCGAAUAUUGCCCAAUUUUCACGCCAAAAGGAAGUGUUCAGAAACUUUGAAAAAAUAUAUUAGACUAAAAAUGAGAAUUAUUGAGAACAUUAUGUCUAAAACAUCGAAUUCUUCUUGAGUUCAAAGAUAUUAAUAAACCUUAUGCUCAAAGAAUUGAAGGAUUGGAAGAGAUUAUCAGAUUUUGUAUUUUCUGGUGUUUCUUUAGGUCAAUAAUUCACUUCAAAGAAAAAAUAUGGUAAAAUUAUUGUGUUAUUCCGUUGAGGUCAGUUCUGAAAAGACAGAAGUUUAAAUAAUUGCAAUUGUUAUAUAAAUAAUUGGAAAAAUUAAUCACAAUCGAGUGUUCCAUAUUUGGUAUCAGUCCGUUGGAAAUAUGAACGCUUGAAAGAGAUUAAACGUAUAAUAUUUCUGUUACAAACUUUUCUUGGAUGUUUCAGUACCAAAAUAAAUUGUUCUAUCAUCA